GUGAACUGGUUUUCUUUGUGCACUAUUCUUCACAAGAAAAGCCGCAAGGACUCUCUGGACUUAUUUUAAGUUGUUUUUUUUAAUCUCACAGAGUACAUGGCAAGCUGCAGCUUAGAAGUGAACAAUGUUUGUGUUUUUCAGCGGAAACCGACAGCAUCAGGCUUGAAAGUCCAACGCAUGCCGAUGGAAAUGGCUUGGACAACCAUGCUUAUGAAAUGGAGCCUUGUUUCCAAGCCGAUUAAUGCCACAGAGGAUUACAUCAAGGCUCACUCACAAACCUUCAAAUACAUUGUGCUGGGCAUACUUGGAGCAGGUUAUGUGGCCUACUUUAUUGCUGCUUGUGUUUUGGAUUUCCAGAGGGCCAUCGCUCUUGUAGUCCUAACGAGCGUGGCCAUUGUUGCUAAAUCAUAUGAACUUCUGAAGGAGUACAAAGGAGAAAGCAUCAGACAGUGUUUCAGUCCUGCAGUGAGAUGCUUUGAAUCUAACUUGAGAUGGUUAAAAUGGGUUUUCAUUAUAGCAGCUGUGCUACUGCUUGUUCUGUGGCUCGUCUUAGACACAAGCCAGCGUCCUGUGCAGCUGAUCUCGUUUGGAGGUGUGUGCAUGUUUGUCGUGCUUGUGUUCCUCUUGUCAGCACACAGGACAGCGGUAUCAUGGAGGCCUGUGUUUUGGGGUCUCGGAUUGCAGUUCUGUAUCGGCCUUUUUGUUAUACGGACACAGCCUGGACUCAUAGCGUUCCAAUGGCUUGGAAAACAAGUGCAGAUAUUCCUUGACUAUACCAAAGAAGGGUCAAUUUUUGUUUUUGGGGACCUGAUCGGCAACAUUUUUGCCUUUCAAGCAUUGCCCAUUGUUGUGUUCUUCAGCAGCGUGAUGUCGAUCCUUUACUUUUUGGGAGUAAUGCAGUGGGUCAUUCUGAAGAUCGCAUGGGUCAUGCAGAUAACGAUGGGAACCUCUCCCACAGAGACCUUGAGUGUGGCAGGCAAUAUAUUUGUUGGGCAGACUGAAGCUCCUCUGCUGAUCCGCCCUUAUUUGAAGGACAUGACCAAAUCUGAGAUCCAUGCUGUAAUGACUGGCGGUUUUGCCACAAUUGCAGGCAGUGUCAUGGGAGCAUUUAUCUCAUUUGGGAUUGAUGCAUCUUCCUUGAUAUCAGCCUCUGUAAUGGCUGCUCCUUGUGCCUUGGCCAUCUCCAAACUUUCUUACCCAGAGACAGAGGAGAGUCCUAUUAAGGACGAGAAGGAUAUCAAAGUGGCUUCUGGAGAUGAACAGAACAUCUUGGAGGCUGCUAGCAGUGGAGCGUCUGCCUCAAUAGGUCUUGUUGCUAACAUUGCAGCAAAUUUGAUAGCCUUUCUGGCCAUCCUCGGGUUCAUAAAUGCAGCAUUGAGUUGGCUUGGCGGUAUGGUGGGAUAUCCUUCAAUCACAUUUCAGCUGAUUUGUUCUUACAUAUUCAUGCCCGUGGCCUUUAUGAUGGGAGUACCUUACGAGGAGACUUUCACUGUGGCUGAACUAAUCGGCACAAAGCUCUUCCUCAACGAGUUUGUGGCUUAUGAGAAACUAUCUGAACUGAAGGACAACAGAAUCAAUGGACUUGAUGAAAUUAUUGGCGGAGAAAGACAAUGGAUAUCUGUCCGGUCAGAAAUAAUCACCACUUAUGCUCUUUGUGGGUUUGCCAACUUCAGCUCAUUGGGUAUCAUGAUUGGAGGCUUAUCCUCUAUAUGCCCAUCCAAAAGAGGUGAUGUCUCUUCUCUGGUGUUGAGAGCUAUGAUCACUGCGACGUGUGUUUCUCUCAUCAAUGCUUGCGUUGCAGGAAUCCUCUUUGUUCCUCCACUUGACUGUGUGGCGCUGUUCAGGGAAUCUGCUUUCAAUGCCACAAAUGUAAAUAUACAAACUUGCUGUGAAGACAUCUUUCAAAGCGCUGUAAACAAUGGGACUGUUUCAUUUGAAGGGUUGUGGAGCACAGUAGCAAACGCCACUUUGUAUUUCUCUAAAUGUUGUCAGUGCUGUGGUCUUUCUGAUGUGGCAGUUUGUAAUUAGAGGAGAAAAUCCCAUGUCAGUCUGUUUUAAAGAUUAAAGAUGAAUGUGUAGCGGACAUCCACCGAAAGAUUAUAAAACUGAAAUGUCCAUGACACAAUCUGAACUAAUAAACUUUGUACAGAGACUACCCUCACGACCCAUAGGUCACUAAAUGGUUAGACUCUCAAUUUGUAUGUGCCUGGACAAACUAAAGAUAGGACUUGAGGUCAAUCUUGACACUCAAGCCAAUUUAAGAACUAUAAGACCAUCGUUAAGGCUGACCAUACAAGGUUUCAUGACCCAACCUUUAGGUUUUACGAUCAGCCACA